GUAACUGUUACUGGUAUCUCAAGUUUCAGCUAGAACUCAGUACCUUAUAAAACACACGCUCUGGUCAUGUUAUAGUGUUAGUCAUCAGUUUGUUUCUAAUCAAUCACAGCCACACACCACUUUAUUCAAGAUGUUCAAACUGGUAACGCUGCUAGCCGUCAUAUCGAUUUCAUCCGCUGCCCCGACCUACCAUCAUGGUGGCCACGUAGUCUCAGCUGUAGUUGGUCAUUCCGUCGUGGGUCACUUGCCCUCUACUGUGAACCACCAGAGUAGCCACGUAGUGCAUGAAGCAGUUGUAACCACUCCCAUUCACCAUGCGCCUGUGGUACAUGCCGCUCCAGUGGUCCAUGCAGCACCCUUAUUGGCGCCUGCUGUUGGGUAUGGCUAUGGGGCAGGUUAUGGAGGAGGUUAUGGAGGAGGCUAUGGGGGAGGCUAUGGAGCUGGAUAUGGCUAUGGAGGUUAUUAAGUACUGAUGCGUGCCUUUGUAAUAAAAUCAUAACCGAAUAUGUGAAGGACUUUUCAUUUGCCAGACCAUCAAUAACGUGGCUGCAAUAGCGUUUUAUACAGCAUGUAACAUACCAAAAAAAUAGAUAUGAAAAAGAACAGAUUUGAAUUCAAGCCAACGUCAC